AUGAGUGGCAACAACUUGGAUGAGAACAAGGAGUUUGAUGAGCAGUUGCGAAUGCAAGAAAUGUACGGAGGCCCUGAGGACAGCGACACCGAGAAAGAUCCCGGUGGAGAAAACGAUUCUUUCCGGCAGCAGCCGACUGACACCCCAUACAAGUGGGACCUGGACAAGAAGGCUUGGUUCCCCAAGAUCACUGAAGAUUUUAUUGCUACAUAUCAGGCCAAUUAUGGCUUUUCUAACGAUGGUGCGUCUAGUUCUACUGCGAAUGUCCAAGAUGUCAGUGCUAGGACUGCAGAGGAACCUCCACAAAGAAAAUCCCCUGAACCCAGUGAUACCAAAAAGAGGGGAGAAAAGAGAAAGAGUGAAUCAGGAUGGUUUCAUAUUGAAGAAGACAGAAACACAAACAUUUAUGUUUCAGGUUUGCCUCCAGAUAUUACAGUGGAUGAAUUUACACAACUCAUGUCCAAGUUUGGCAUUAUUAUGAGAGAUCCUCAAACAGAAGAAUUUAAGGUCAAGCUUUACAAAGAUAAUCAAGGAAAUCUUAAAGGAGAUGGACUUUGCUGUUAUUUGAAGAGAGAAUCUGUGGAUCUCGCAUUAAAACUUUUGGAUGACGAUGAAAUUAGAGGCUACAAAUUACAUGUGGAGGUGGCAAAGUUUCAACUGAAAGGGGAAUACGAUGCCUCAAAGAAGAAAAAGAAGUGCAAAGACUACAAGAAAAAGCUGUCUAUGCAACAAAAGCAGUUGGAUUGGAGACCUGAGAGAAGAGCUGGCCCGUCCCAAAUGCGCCACGAGCGAGUUGUCAUCAUCAGAAAUAUGUUUCAUCCUAUGGAUUUUGAGGAUGAUUCACUGGUGCUGAACGAGAUCAGAGAAGACCUUUGGGUGGAAUGUUCGAAGUUUGGACAAGUUAGGAAGCUCCUCCUCUUUGACAGACACCCUGAUGGUGUGGCCUCUGUGUCCUUUAGGGAUCCGGAGGAAGCUGAUUAUUGUAUUCAGACCCUCAAUGGAAGGUGGUUUGGUGGCCAUCAAAUCACUGCCCAAGUGUGGGAUGGGACUACAGAUUAUAAGGUGGAGGAGACCACAAGAGAAAGAGAAAGGUUUAGAGGAUGGGAGGUUUUCCUCAACACUCCCAAAGCCAACAGAGGUCUUCAGUGUUCAGAUUCCGUCUGGGCUCCAGAAAGGGUGGGGCCUUCUAGAGUUAGGCAUUUUUCAGAGCACCCUUGCACAUCUCAAACGAAUGUUCAAGAAGCCGCAACUGAAAUGGCACUUGAAGAACCUAUAGAUGAAAAGAAGUUUGAAAAAACAGAAGAUGGGGGAGAACUUGAAGAAGCUGCUUCUGAAAAAGAUGCUAAAGAAAGUGGCCCUGAAAAAGAGGCUGAAGAAGGCUGUCCCCAUAAAGAAUCUGAAGAGAGCUGCCUCAAAAGAGAGUUUGAGGAAGGCUGUCCCAAAAGAGAGCAUGAAGACUUCCCCAACAGAGAGUCUGGAGAAUGCAUCCCCGAGAAAGAGCAUGAAGAGGGUAGUCCUAAAAAAGAGUCGAAAGAGAAUGGUGCAGAAGGAGAGCCCCAAAAGAAGAGACCCAAAACAGAUCCUGAUGAGAACGGCCUUGAGCAGGAGCCUGAGGAGGAAGCCAGCCCCCAGAAGGCAGCUGAAGAUGGCAGCUCGGAACAAGGGUCUGAAGAGUGCUCGGAAAAGCAGUUUGAAGACGACUCCGAAAAAGAGUUAGAAGAAAACGGCCUUGAGAAAGGUUUUGAGGAAGAGGGCUCUGAGAAGGAAUUUAAUGAAAACAUUCCUGAAAAAGAGAUAGAAGAAAAUAACUCUGAAAAAUCAGAAUUUGAAGAUGACACCUCUGGGAAAAUGUUUGAUGAAGAAGGCUCUGAGAAGGAGUUUGAUGAAGAGUCAGAUGAGAAGGAAGAAGAGGAAGAUGUGUAUGAAAAAGUAUUUGACGAUGAGUCGGAUGAAAAAGAGGACGAAGAAGAUGCAGAAGAAAAGGGGCUGGAAGAUGUUGAUGAAAAGGACGAAGAAGACGAUGCAGAUGAAAAGGUGUUUGAAGAUUCAGCUGGAAAAGAAGAUGAGGAAGAUGUAGAUGUAAAGGAAGAUGAAGAUACAGAUGAAAAGAUGUUCGAAGAUGACGAUUCCAACGAGUAGUUGUUUGAUGACG